AUGGACUCUCACGGGGUAUUACCGAAUAGACUCAUGAAUUAUGGACAAACCAGAUCCCACGAGCGUCAUAAUAUCACACAAGAUAUAAGCCACAUUAACGCUGAAGCAGGCUCCCGCCUCUUCGUUGGAACGAACAUAACAUACGAAGCAGCAGUGCCGAUAAGAGAUGAGAUCUUGAAGUGGCUCGAUCCAGAAGAUCUAAGAAUCUCUCAAUACAAAGAGCAUACUAGGUAUCGUGAAGACCGAGCAGACGAUACAGGGGAAGACUUUCUCAACGGUGAUUUCAAAAAAUGGGCGUCCUCGAACAAGAAAUUUCUAUGGUUGAGAGGACAAGUUGGGUCCGGAAAAACUAUGAUAUGCUCGCAUCUGAUUGAGAAUAUUCCAAAUAUCUUGAGGAUUACCUCUCCGGGAGUCACUUCAAACAAUGCUCACUUAGUCGCCUUUUAUUACUGCUCAUUCAGCGACAAUUCUACCUUCGAUGUUGGCAAUUUUCAAAGAUCAAUCAUCGCACAGCUUUGCGACAAAUAUGGUCUUUUGCCUGAGUUAAAAGAGCUAUAUGAGAAUUGUAAGCCAUAUCCUCCUUCGACGGUCCAGCUAACAACAUUGCUUCUGUCAAUUGUUAGCUCCCUCAAAAGUUCCACCGCCACAUUGACAAACUCAGAAAAAACUGAAGCCUGUCGGAGUACUACUCUGGUCAUUGAUGGAUUGGAUGAGGUCCCCCUGGAAAGCCACGGGAUGGCUAUCUUCAGAAUCGUCGUCGUGAGCCGCGAGGAGGGUGAUUUGAAAGCAUCCUUCUCUAAAGAUUACGGAUGGAGAUGGCUCAUACGAGAUACCGCACACGUAACACUUGACAUUGAACAAUUUGUUCAGGCACGUAUCUCCAAUCAUAGGAGACUUAAUUCUCAAUCUACCGAGAUCAAGACUCUGAUUUCUCGAAGACUUAGUCAAGGUUCUGAGGGAAUGUUUCGACUUGCGGCACUUCAGAUGAAGGAACUUGAGUACCUGACUCGGAACUUGAGAGUGAUUCAAAAGGCAGACCUUGAAAAUAUCUUUCUCUCAUUACCUAGAGACCUGGAUACCUUUUAUGAUUUGAUCAUAAGUCGUAUGCCAAAUAGUUUGCUAUCAGAACUCGAGACGGUUUUGAAAUGGCUCAUAUUUGCAGCUCGACCAUUAUUUGUGGAGGAGAUCGUGGAAGUUUGCACUAUUCGACCUAUCAUAAAUGGACUACCCUGUAUCGGAAGUCGUCGCCAUGCUCUCGAUAUUGUAGAAAGCCUUCCUGGCCUGGUAAAAUUAGAACCGCCAAUAGCAGAUGAUGUGGAGAUCGUGCCCCAAGGAGUCCAUAUACUCAGCAUUGCUCAUUUCUCAGUCCAAGAAUAUUUGUGCCCAAUUCACGACUUCAACCGUCCCCCUGGAUUGUUUCGAUUUACAGAUAUAUAUAAGGAGCACCAAAUGAUAGCACAAGCCUGUCUUUCUUACCUCCUCCAUUGCUUAAAAAGUAAAGAUGGGCGCACUGCUGCUUUUCAUUUACGAGAGUAUUGCUGGUAUUCUUGGUCCAUGCAUAUGACAGCGACCACAGAUUCGCAUGAUUUAAAAGCACGGACUACGGCGGAUUCUUUGCGCUUGCACAAUAGCAUUGCGAACCCUAUUCUUUACAAACGACGCUCAGAGGUUGUGUCUAUGGAGGCUGCGCGCUUAAGAAGCUUUGCGGAUAUAUUCACUCCAAAGAUGUACGCAGAACUUCUGGUUGCCCUUCAAGAUUUAGAAUUCCCGUUCGACGACUCUGGUGUAUCUGAGAGAAGCAUUAAUUCCCAGCAAACACCUUACAAAACGAUUCUAGGACACUGUCCAGACGCUACUAGGCUUGUAAUUUUGUACCCAUCCAACAAUCCUGACUCGCCGCUCAGGUGCGGCAUAUGUACUGAUUCGCUUGAUAACAAUCCAGAUUAUGUUGCUUUAUCGUAUGCAUGGGGUAAAUAUAAUGAGGAAAUGUUAAUGUUGAAAGUAUACGGCAAUGGAUUUUCUCUACGUCUGAGGCCAAAUUUGCACUCUGCUUUAGUACAUUUGAGAGAGGAAACUGAGCCUCGCAUGCUCUGGAUAGACGCAAUCUGUAUCGAUAUGCAGAACUUUGAAGAGCGCAGCUUCCAGAUAAGGUUAAUGGCACGACUCUAUAGUCAGGCUCAGGAAGUCAUAAUGUGGCUUGGUGAGUCGAGAAAUAGCUCAGAGACAAUAACUAGCGAAGCUAAAGCCAUGAGCGUGCUGAACAUGGAGACCUCACUCGACGGGAACCUGACUCCUUAUUGGGAGACUUGGGACUCAGUAGAUGCCUUAUUCAGACGAAGUCUAUGGUCUAGAGCAUGGACGAUACAAGAGUCAGUUGUGGCGACAAAACUAACAGUAAUGUGUGGCCAAUACGCUUCAUCAUUUGAUCAUUGGCACGACAUACGAGAAUUGCGUCGCAAAAAGCUAGACUCAGAGUGCCGGCUACCCCGCCUCUUGUCAAAUCAACGUUUCAAAGCGGACGAAGCCGCGUGGGAUGCCGUAAUCGCCGUUCAGGCUCUUAGAAAUCGGUAUAGAAAAAAUGGUAGGAUGGAACUCGAACUGGCAACCUUACUUUUUCUGUCUAGACGGCAUAUUUCAUCCGACUAUCGAGAUAAACUAUAUGCGCUCUUAAGUUUACUGGGCGAUAAAGAGCGAUCAGAUCCUCUUUUGCAUCCAGAUUAUAGUCUUUCUCCAGCGGAGAUGGCCCACAAACUAACAGUGUAUGUUUCAAAAAAGUAUCAAAAUCUCACUAUACUUGAGAGUUCGUUUGGAGCCGAUAAUUCUGAGAAUCUGUCAUCGUGGACCCUAGAUUUAUAUGCGCUCCGCCGACCAAUCGUCCAUGAAUCUAGUGAUGCCAUACAGCAAAGCACACUGCAAGACUCACACGAUGCAUCACAAGCAUAUAAUGCUGGAGGCAAUUAUAUUCUAGACGAUCACCCAUUUACGUUCUCUAGCGACCUCAAGACUUUAAAAGUAUGGGGUGUUGUCAUUGACUCCGUCAUAGAUUGCGACCUAGAACUGCGGCUUUCUGACAAUAUAUACUGGGAAAGCUCAAGGGGAAAAACCAUAGCAUUUAAUUGCCGACGAUACGUAAGAUGUCUUGGCCCGGAGAGUGUUAGAAGAGGAGAUCUAGUGGUCGUGUUAUUUGGCAGCAUUGUGCCGUUUUUGCUUCGGAAAAUCCAAGUUGAUUGUGUACAAGCUGAACCUGGGCCAUCAGGAGGACGGUACAAGCUUAUUGGGGCUUGUUACGCUGAAGGUAUCAUGAAAGGUGAGAUACUGGAAGCAUAUCAAGCUGGUGACAACGAGGGGCAGGAGUUCUGGCUUGAGUAG